AUAGUCAGCCAUUUUUUAUGUAAGGGGAUUUUUUUUCUUAUUGGGGGGGUUGUUAAAAAAUAAAUAUAAGAGGGCGGCCAUCUUUGUUGCUCUGCCUGGUGUAAAAUAUUCCAAAACGCCCCCCACUUUUCCCCGUGCCGAUUUGAAUAUUAAAUAAAUUUCAUAUAUUCGGACAAGCGCAGCAUUUUUGAAUACAAGGACGGAUCCGAUGACGGGAAUAUAAUGUCCUCUCCUCUUCGGUCUUUUGAGGAAGACGAGGGCAUGGUGGUUAAUUCCGAGGGAGGAGAUUUUGAUGAAGAAGACGACGACGGAGAUCUAGACGAGAACGCAAGCGACAUAAACUCGCCGGCGGCGCCUCGAGAAACUGCAACAGCAGCCGCGCCAGAAGUCGAGCCGGACGCCUCAGACCAGGAGGUCCCUGUCCGGAAGAAAGGAAGGCCGAAGAAAAACAAGGAUGAAAAGAAGAAAAUAAAAGAAGGGAAACCACCAAAAGCGAAAAAACGCAAGAAACUUGUGCAGGACAGUGAUGUGGAGAGAGACUCAGACAGGGGACGAGACUAUGGAGAAAAUUCCGACAGCUUUGCCAGUGACUAUGGAUCUAGUGAGAAAAAGAAGAAGAAGAAACAUAAAGAAAAGAAGGAGAAGAAAACCAAAAAGAAGAAAAAAGAUGACGGAGACCGGGACAGCAGUCAGGAGGAAACGACAAAGCAGCCUGUAGAGCAGAAGACCUCAGCCCAGCUGGCUAAGGAGUGGGGUCUGGAGGAUGUUGAUCAUACCUUCACAGAGGAAGACUACAGGGAGCUCACCAACUACAAAGCCUUCAGCCAGUUCAUGAGGCCCAUGAUAGCCAAGAAGAACCCCAAGAUCCCAAUGUCCAAAAUGAUGACCAUCCUGGGAGCCAAGUGGCGAGAGUUCAGCUCCAACAACCCUUUCAAAGGUAACUCAGCUGCUGUGGCUGCAGCCGCUGCUGCAGCUGCCAUCGCUGUCGCGGAGCAGGUCUCUGCAGCUACCGCCUCCCCGGAACCUCCGCCUCAGCCUCCACCAAUCAGGAAAGCCAAGACUAAAGAGGGCAAAGGUCCUGGUUACAAGAAGCGCAGUAAAAGUCCUCGAGUCUCUGAUAAGAAGAAGUUCUUGGCUGCAGCUAAAGCUAAAAAGAUGGCGCCAAUACGCAUAAAACUGUCACCUAUGGGUGCUAAAAGAAAGAAGAGUUGCUCGAGUGAGGACAUGGAUGAGGAUGAGUCUGAGCAGGAGGACUCCAGUGUUCACAGCUCAUCGGUUCGCUCCGACAGCUCAGGCCGUGUGAAGAAGAACAAGCGAGGAAGGCCUGCCAAGAAGAAGAAGAAGAUCGCAGGUGAUGAGGAGGGAGACGGCUAUGAGACAGAUCACCAGGAUUACUGUGAGGUGUGUCAGCAGGGAGGGGAGAUAAUUCUAUGUGACACUUGUCCACGAGCCUACCACCUUGUCUGCCUGGAGCCUGAGUUGGACAAGGCUCCCGAGGGCAAGUGGAGCUGUCCACACUGUGAGAAAGAAGGUAUCCAGUGGGAGGCUAAAGACGAGGACUUUGAAGACUUUGAGGAGGACAGUGAGGACAGGGUGAUCUCUGAGGUUAGCCUGGGGCUGCCCACCGGGGCAGAGGAGGAGGAUGACGACCACAUGGAGUUCUGCCGGGUGUGUAAAGACGGAGGUGAACUGUUGUGCUGUGACACCUGCACAUCCUCCUACCACAUCCACUGUCUGAACCCUCCACUGCCAGAGAUCCCGAAUGGAGAGUGGUUGUGUCCGCGCUGCACGUGUCCACCGAUCAAGGGCCGUGUUCAGAAGAUCCUUCACUGGCGGUGGGGUGAACCUCCACCUCCUAUUCCUGUUCCUCCCCCUCCUGAUGCCCCCCCAGAUGCUCCUCCACCUCCUCCCAUGAAGGGCAGAGCUGAGAGAGAGUUCUUUGUCAAGUUCGUGGGGCAGUCUUACUGGCACUGCUCAUGGAUCACUGAGCUGCAGCUCGAGAUCUUCCACUCAGUGAUGUACAGGAAUUACCAGAGGAAGACUGACAUGGAUGAGCCGCCCAGCCUAGACUAUGGGUCAGGAGCUGAAGACGAGAAUAGUGUAGGAAAGAGUGAGAAGAGGAGGGCCAAAGACCCGCAGUAUGCCAUCAUGGAUGACAAGUACUACAAGUAUGGCAUAAAACCUGAGUGGAUGAUCAUCCAUCGCAUCAUCAACCACAGUGUGGACAAGAAGGGGAACUACCACUACCUGGUUAAGUGGAGGGACUUGACCUACGACCAGUGCACGUGGGAGAGAGAUGAAAUGAACAUCCCCGAUUUUGUCAUUUACAAGAACAACUACUGGAGGCACAGAGACACCAUCAUGAAGGAGGACCCAGAUAAACCCAAGAGGAUGAGGAGCAAGGACCCAGAUGGUGAAGAAGAUUCUCCUGCCUCUCCUGUUACUGAUCCCACCAUCAAAUACGAGGAGCAGCCAGACUUUGUGACAUCGACAGGUGGCACGCUGCAUUUGUACCAGAUGGAGGGUCUGAACUGGCUGCGGUUCUCCUGGGCUCAGGGCACCGACACCAUCCUGGCAGAUGAGAUGGGCCUGGGCAAAACCAUCCAGACUAUCGUCUUCCUGUACUCUCUGUUCAAAGAGGGUCACACUAAGGGACCAUUCCUGGUCAGCGCCCCACUUUCCACCAUCAUCAACUGGGAGAGAGAGUUUGAGAUGUGGGCGCCUGACUUCUACGUGGUGACGUACACAGGGGACAAGGACAGUCGUGCCAUCAUCAGGGAGAAUGAGUUCUCCUUUGACGACUCGGCUGUGAAAGGAGGGAAGAAGGCUUUUAAACUGAGGAGAGAAACUCCUAUCAAAUUCCAUGUGCUGUUGACUUCCUACGAGCUGGUGACCAUUGACCAGACCGCACUGAAGUCCAUUGACUGGGCCUGUCUGGUGGUAGAUGAGGCUCAUCGCCUGAAAAAUAACCAGUCCAAGUUUUUCAGGCGAUUAAAUGACUACAAGAUUGACCACAAGCUGUUACUGACUGGAACCCCACUACAGAACAACCUCGAGGAGCUUUUUCAUCUGCUCAACUUCCUCACACCCAAUCGAUUCAACAACCUCGAGGGCUUCCUGGAAGAGUUCGCCGACAUUUCCAAAGAAGACCAGAUCAAAAAGCUGCAUGACCUGCUGGGACCUCACAUGCUGAGGAGGCUGAAGGCCGACGUCUUUAAGAACAUGCCUGCUAAGACGGAGCUGAUUGUCCGAGUGGAGCUGAGCCCCAUGCAGAAGAAAUACUACAAGCUGAUUCUCACCAAGAACUUUGAAGCCCUGAACUCUAAAGGGGGAGGAAACCAAGUCUCACUGCUCAACAUCAUGAUGGAUCUGAAGAAGUGCUGCAACCACCCCUACCUCUUCCCCGUUGCAUCCAUGGAAGCUCAGAAAUCCCCCAGCGGUGCUUACGAAGGGUCCGCACUCACCAAAGCCUCUGGGAAGCUGAUGCUGCUGCAGAAGAUGCUGAGGAAACUGAAAGAGCAGGGUCACAGAGUGUUGGUCUUCUCACAGAUGACCAAAAUGCUUGACCUGCUGGAAGACUUUCUUGACUACGAAGGUUAUAAGUACGAGAGAAUUGAUGGAGGCAUCACCGGAGCUUUGAGACAGGAAGCCAUCGACCGCUUUAAUGCUCCUGGUGCGUGUCAGUUCUGCUUCCUGCUCUCCACCAGAGCUGGGGGUUUGGGUAUCAACUUGGCCACAGCAGACACUGUUGUCAUCUUCGACUCGGACUGGAAUCCCCACAAUGAUAUUCAGGCAUUCAGUCGAGCUCACCGUAUCGGUCAGGCCAACAAGGUGAUGAUAUAUCGCUUUGUCACGAGAGCCAGCGUGGAGGAGCGCAUCACUCAGGUGGCCAAGAGGAAGAUGAUGCUCACACAUCUGGUGGUACGGCCCGGCCUGGGGUCCAAGGCUGGAUCUAUGACCAAGCAGGAGCUGGAUGACAUCCUCAAGUUUGGAACAGAGGAGCUCUUCAAAGACGAAGGGGAAGGCAUGAAGAAUUCCUCGGGGGACAAAGUGGAGGAUGAGGGCAACGUGAUCCACUAUGACAGCGUUGCUAUCGAGAGGCUACUGGACCGCAGUCAAGAUGACACGGAUGACUCGGACGUCCAGAACAUGAACGAAUACCUCAGCUCCUUCAAAGUGGCCCAGUACAUGGUCCGUGAGGAGGACAAGAUCGAGGAGAUAGAGCGGGAGAUCAUCAAACAGGAGGAGAAUGUGGAUCCAGAUUAUUGGGAGAAAUUGCUGCGUCAUCACUAUGAGCAGCAACAAGAAGAUCUGGCCAGCAAACUUGGGAAAGGCAAGAGGAACCGCAAGCCAGUGAAUUACAACGAUGCUGCGCAGGAGGAUCAAGAGUGGCACGCUGACAUUUCCGAUAACCAGUCUGAGUACUCAGUAGGCUCGGAGGAGGAGGACGAGGACUUUGAUGACCGGCCAGAAGGACGAAGGCAGUCACGCCGCCAGCUGAGGAAUGAGAAGGAUAAGCCUCUGCCUCCUCUACUGGCCAGGGUGGGAGGGAACCUGGAGGUGCUGGGUUUCAACACACGCCAGAGAAAGGCGUUCCUCAACGCGGUGAUGCGCUGGGGUAUGCCGUCCCAGGAUGCCUUCGCCUCCCAGUGGCUGGUGCGAGACCUCAGGGGCAAGUCUGAGAAAGAAUUCAAGGCGUACGUGUCUCUCUUCAUGCGGCACUUGUGUGAACCGGUUGCUGAUGGUGCUGAAACAUUCGCGGAUGGUGUCCCCAGGGAGGGUUUGUGCCGCCAGCCGGUCCUCACUCGCAUUGGGGUGAUGUCUCUUGUCAAGAAAAAGAUCCAGGAGUUUGAGCACAUAAACGGACGGUGGAGUCUUCCAGAGCUGAAGCCAGAGGUCAUCGUAGAGAAACCCAGCUCCAGGGCCUCCUCACCCCUAAAGACAGCGACCCCGACUCCUGACGCCAGCUACAACAACACACCGUGCACCUCCACUCCUGCGACUCCUGCUCCUGCCGACAAGCCUGAGAAGAAUGGCAAGGAAGGCGAGAAAGAAGAGAAGGACGAGGGCGAGGGGGAAAAAGAAAAGGACAAGGGUAGAGAUGAGCGGAAGGAAGAGGAAGCCAGCAAAGCUAUUGACCCUGAGCAGCACUCAUCAUCAAAGGAAGCAUCUCCUAGUCAGAAAAUGGAGAAAAAAGAAGAUGGUAACUUGAAGGAAGAAGAGAAGAAAGACGUGGCAUCCUCAGCAUCCCCACAUGAGGAGAAGAAAGUGGAGGAGGAGAAAACCGAGGACUCACCUUCCACAAAGGGAGACUCAGAGGUCAAAGGAGUGAAGUCAGAAGAAGAAAAAGCAACUGAUGAGGACAAGGAAACCGACAAGAAAGAGGAGGUGUCCACUGAAACAUCUGACAUAAAGGAGACCGCUGAAACCAAAAAAGGGCCAGAGGUCAAAGGUGAAAAAGAUGUGGGGAAAGAAGUCAAACUAGCAAAGGAGGAGACACCAAGGGGCAACGGGAAGCCCCCGCCAGAGCGGCAACGCUUCAUGUUCAACAUCGCUGAUGGCGGCUUCACUGAGCUGCACACACUCUGGCAGAACGAGGAGCGGGCUGCCAUCACCUCAGGAAAGAUGAGUGAGAUCUGGCACCGCCGACACGACUUCUGGCUGCUGGCGGGAAUCGUGAUUCAUGGCUAUGCUCGCUGGCAGGACAUCCAGAACGAUCCCCAGUUCGCCAUCAUAAACGAGCCUUUCAAGUCGCAGGCCAACAAAGGGAACUUUCUGGAGAUGAAGAACAAGUUCCUGGCUCGACGAUUCAAGCUGCUGGAGCAGGCACUAGUCAUCGAGGAGCAGCUGAGGCGAGCAGCGUAUCUCAACAUGACUCAAGACCCCAGCCACCCCGCCAUGGCACUAAACGCACGCUUUGCAGAAGUGGAGUGUCUGGCUGAGUCGCACCAACACCUCAGCAAAGAAUCGCUGGCAGGCAACAAGCCAGCGAACGCCGUGCUGCAUAAAGUUCUGAACCAGUUGGAGGAAUUGUUGAGUGACAUGAAGGCGGACGUAACCAGACUACCAGCCACGCUGUCCAGAGUCCCGCCCAUCGCUGCGCGUCUGCAGAUGUCCGAGCGCAGUAUCCUCAGCCGACUUGCAAGCAAAGGAACGGAGACGCACGCACCCCUGCCCAUUCCCACUGGACCGUACGCCACUCCGCAGAACUACGGUGCCCCCUUCACUCCAGCUCCACCGAGCGCCCUCCACUUGGGCGGAGCUAACUACAGUCAGAUGCCGCCCGGAUCCUUCAUAUCAGAAGCCGCCGUCGCUGCUGGGGCUGCAGGGGGAGCCUUCGGAGGGCCCAACACUGGGGGUGUGUGCCAGAAGACCAAGGAGCAUGAUGUGGUUCAACGGCAGCGGGUGGUGGACCUGUGGAAAGAUGGCAAGUCAGAGGGUGCUAUUGGCCUGGAGCUCCGAAUGCCCAAGUCCACAGUGCACAGCAUCAUCGUCAAAUACAGACUCAGCAACACUGUGGAGAACCUGCCGCGCAACGGCCGACCAAAGAAACCCUGAAAGGAUUUGGGGGAGUUAAAACAAUCCUGGAAUGUAGCGACAAUGAGCAAGAAGGAGCACUUUAGCAUGGGGAGAUGUGGAAUAUCGCAGACGACUAAACACGCUGGAGGAGUACCAAACCAAGUCAAGAAGCUGCCGUUAAUAACAGCACUGAGAGGGGAGAGGAUUUGUCCACAGCGAGAGAAAGUGAUGAAACGCUGGCCCCUGAGAAAAAUGAGCCACUGAAAAAGUGCCCACAAAUCUGAGCACGAGGUGAAAGAUGGCUGGACGAAAAAGGGAGCCUGGAAAAAAAAACCUGUGCUAAUGCAAUCGCUGCUUGCCAGCGGAUCACAUCGGAACCAGGAUAAAAAUGCUACACAGAAACCUCUUUUCUUUAUUUCUCAGAUUUCAACGGACUCCUUUUUCUGUCUCCCCUCGUGUGCCAGAAGAUUUCCCCCUGGAUCACUUCUUCAUCCGCAGCCUGACUGAACAUGUCUGUCCCCUCGUCCUGACCCUCUACUCCCUCAUUCCUCGCAGCCUUCCGUCUCACACACACACACUCACAUGUAUAAAUAUAUAAAUUCUGGACCUCACACAGAACCUGAAAACUUGCAAAGACCUUAAUAUAUCUGCCGAGCACAAGCAGCUGAAACUCAAAAUAGACCUGGUUUGGAUUGUUUUAUGAAAAAAAAAAUGAAAGGAGAGGUUGAAGUGAAUAUUUUUCUCUGUUGAAAGUUGACUUCCCAUGGACUGUGCGCUCUUGCAUUCCUUGCUCUGACCAAGCGUAACAUCAAGAACCGUGAAUAUAAAUAAAGGUUUGACUUCUUCCAAAAAAAUUUCAAUCAGUAGCCACCGCGCUCCGAGUGAGUUCCACUGGCUGGUGUUAAGAUACCGGCUGUAUUGUAAAACAUGAAUCACUGCGGCGGAGGUGGCCUCGCAGGAGCUCUCACUCCAUUGAUGAUCCCGUUUCCGCGUCUAAACUCCCAUCAGAGCCAAAAGCAGCUCCCCCAACUCUAACCGGCCUCUGGAGGGAGAAAAAGAGAUCCACUUGUUUUCUCCUUUAGUGUGACACUGAGACGGAUUCCACGCUGGAAAAUGGCCCUUGUUCCCUCUGCAAGUAAAACACUAGGGGCCCGUCGUAAUUUUUUCCAGCUCGGUGUGUGACAUCCUCAAGUGGGGAGCAGGGUGAACUCUAAAAAGUGGACAAUUGGAUUAGCAGUCUGCGUGUUUUCCUUUUAAAGUAAUAAAAGCGUACAUGGAGUGGUAUUUCUCAUUAGACCUCCACUGCGCAGUGCUGUGCAGCCAGCGUGCGCCUGUCACGCUUGGAUUUAUCAUUUGUACUCUUGACUGUGGCAUUAACUUUUGAAGCGUCAAGGCAGAAUUUAACGGUUUCAAUGUAAUGCAACUUUGUGUUUGAGCUGCGGCAACGUUGCGCUCAGCAAUGAAACGAAGGCGGAAUUCCUGACGCAGCUCCACCACGCCGCAUCACCGUGAAGAUAGAUGCGCUAUUAAACUAGCAGCUAAACCUCCGAUUGACUACAAUGUCUGAGGUAUUUGUUCUACUACUGACACUCUUCUCACACAUUGCAGGUUGGAGUGAUUGAAAAAGUAACAGCCUUCUUGACUGUCGUUCUCACAAACUUGAGCUGACUCUGCGAUUUUUCUAUCGCAGUGAAAUGUUAAGCAAACGUGACAGAAUACGAAAAAACACUCGAGCUCUAUCUUGGCGUCUGUCUUAAAUCCUCCUCCAGGAUUUUGCCAACCUGUAAAAUUCCUUGACUUUCUUCACUUCUAGCCAUUUCAUCCCCUAAUUUCUGCUGACAAUGGCCUUGUUCAUUUCUCCAGCAUCCCUUCAGUAUGUAGAAAACGUGUGAAAACAUGCUGACUCGGGAGUUGCUGGUGCACGUCCAGAAGCACAGUCUUCAUUGUUAUAUGAGUCAAUGGACCCAGUACCUGUUGAUUUUAGGUACACCUAGUGACUUUUUGAACUGGACCUCGAACACCUGUGGUAAAGGCAGGCCAUCACUGCGCCAGUCAAAAUAAUACACCCUCAUCUUGUCAAUAAAGUGAAGGCCCAAUUGCCUUAGCAGAUCCACAGCUUUAAAUAUCUUGCCUAAUUUAGUCAGAAAUCACAACAGACUGAAUAUCAGUCUCGGCUCCCUGAAUGGUUAUUCCGUGUGUCGGCUUGAUGUGUAAAAGUGCAGCAGCCUGCCAACAUGCAAAAAAGGAAAAUGGUUGAUCAAAGAGCCACGCUGAGAAUCCAACCAGGUUUUCUCAUUCUCUUUUUCACUAGCACCUAGGUUUUGAUAUGAGGUGCUAUCAGUGCAUUUUGAACCGGCUCCAACGGGGAAAUGAGGUGUGACACAGACCUCCGAAACGUGUGCAAAUCACUUAAAGCCUCCUGCCUGAAAGAUUUCCUGCCGUCCAGAUCGAUUGAGGUACUCCUGCAACAGUGGAUUUAUGAAACUCUUUCAAGUCCCACUUGGCCUGACUGUUAAUUCUGAAGCAGAAGCCUGCGCUUUCAAGUUCCUGAGCAGUUGAUAGUGGAGAGACGCGAGGCGCUCCUGAGGAGCAGCGUGUGGCUUUCAUGCACUCACGCGAAGCUCAGACUCUCAGUUGCCAUGCCAAGAUGGCAGCUCUCGCUACCAUCAGAUAGUCCUCAGCCAUGACUAGAUGGAGGCUCGUUGGCCAGGAAUGUUUUUAUUGCAUUUUUUCGUCCGUUAUCUGAUUUAGUUUAGAGAAAGUUCAAGAGCAAAUACCUAACCACCGUCCCAAUAUUAGAUCAAAUAUUUGUCUCGCAAGCUUGAUGUACUGAAGGGUGAGGAAAGGUGGGGAGAUGCAGUAGACAAAAUGAUCUAGUGAUGAUCAAGUAGAUGGAAACACAAACCCAGGCUGGCGGUUCGUCUUCCCUGUUUUUGUUUCUCUUAUCAGAGUUUGGUCCCACAGAACUGUUUACAGUGUUCGUCUGUGGACCAUUUUCUCCUUGCGUUCUUUCAAAUAUAUUACAGAAACAUCAUUUAAUAUUUGUUCAGGAUUUUCCUACGUUUGGCAUUAGUUUAGACAGACUUUACACCCUCACUUCUCUCAGUUUUUGGGUCAGUUUGGCGAAGUCUUCUUCUUAAUAUUUUUUGUUUUUUCAAAUAAAUGUUUAUUCUUCAGUCUGUUGAUAAGGUUUCACUUUUUUCAGUUUUGCAACUCCACAUGUUUAGUGUCUGAUUAGUGGUUUAGACUUCAGUGUCCUCGGGUCAUCCUGUUCUUUCAUACAGCAGGUAUUCCCCACACUUCAGAACACUUCAUUCUGAAAAUGAACUCUGGUUAGUGUUUAAUCUUCUUUCUGAUUGCGGACAUGUCGUCUGAGGUUAAUAAACCUUGUGCUGCAGAACAGAGUCCAGUUCUCUGCUGCUGGAUGUGCACUUUGCUAUCAUGUAAUAAUGCAUGUUUUUGGAGGUUGAACAAAGCGGUGGCUUUACCUGUUUUAUCUUCCAGGAGGUAUUUUCUUUUUCAGUAGUGUAUUGUGUCAGAACGAAAAGUAUGUUGUGUUGUCAUGACAGAUUGUAAGGGGCAUUCACUUGGAUUUGUCGCUGUUGAGUUUCUGUUAAAGCUGUUUAUCUCUCAGUCCAAUAUGUCCUGAAGGUUUUUCUUUUUUAUUUGAAAACUUCUCGUUUCACACUAGAAGGUGUUUGUUGUUGUACAGGCUGUUGAAGAUAACAAAUGGAAGCAAGCGGACGCAGCAGGACUGUGCUCCAAAGUUAUAAUAAAAGUUGAUAAUGAAAGCUGUUGUGUCAUUUUCAGAGUAGGGAGACGCCAUUUGCUCCCUUCGGCGGCAGCAGCGCUGACACUUGUCUUUUAAAAGUAGCAAAACUCCACUUCACGAAAGUUUGUCAUUGCUGGGACUGGCAGACAGAUUUGACUGGAGAAUGAACAAGUGACUGAAUGCAAUGAAAGCUUUCAUGGGAAGAUCUGAAAUGACCCUGCAAAGGAACAGUGUGAUAGUUUACCUCUGCACAGUUGUGUCUCCUUGAGUAGGGUGCACUGCUUUGUGUCCAAUCCACACUUUCACCUCAUAAUGUUGAAUAACCAAAGUGACUCUUGACGCAACCUGCUUGUUGAAAGGAUCUCGGAUAUCAGUAUUACUACUGUGAGCACGCGUGUUAAUACUGGAGUGCCUUUGUCUGGGUUCUGUGUCAGGAGGACAACCUGUCUGAGCCGCACACUGGCUGGUGUGUAGCCUGCUGUGUGGAGCAAUGUAGCUUUUACUACAACACACUUCACACGACGCAUUCAUAUUUCAUAUGACGCAUGAUUAUGGGAAAUAACCAUGUUUGUAAUGUGUAUGGAACCGAAAACCCUCAGUCUGAAUGUGCCAGUGUUGUUUUGUCCACUGCUGUUAGCUAGAAUCUGUUUCUUUGUUAGCUCCCUGGUUAUGCCAUGUUUCUAACAACUGGAGCCUCCCUCACCGCAUCAGAACAGAUGUGUUGGUGUGGGUUGGCUCAAAAUUGUCAUAUUGAAGCCCACGCAACUGCUGGUGAUGCAUAUAUGAAAUAUACCAUUUACAUUGUUGGUUGCCCUCUGGUGGACGAACUUGGUGAGGUGGCGUGGCCCUGCAGGCAGACGCGCGAGUCUGGCUCUUACUGUCUCACCUCGCCUUCACCUCACACACCAACAGCUUUCCUACUUCUGUCUCCCCUUCCCUGCUGCCGGCCUCUGCUGGCACGCUGCCAUGUGUUUUCUCCAAACACCCAGCGUCUCAUCAGAGAGCCUCACACACACUGAGCUGAAGCCCCCUCCAUCCAUGAGCCUUAUCUGCACUAUGAUCUUCAGUGGGGUGGUGUUAUGACAGUUUACUUUUACCCUCUGCGUGAGCCAGAGCUACGCAUGUUUGCUUUUUUCCUGGCUUUAUUUUGAAAGCAGAACCAAACUCGCCGCCGCGCUCCCUGAGCAGACUCAUGAUAGCUUUGCCAGUCUCGUGCCCCGGCGGCUGCAAGCACAGUCUGCUUUCAUGCAGACGUCUGACUCCUGUCAGUGAGUGAGUAAGUGUGCGUGUGUGUGUGUGUGUGCAGGACUCACUUCCACAAUAUGCAUCUGAACUCAAAAUUGUGAACAUGCCUGUGUACAUGUAUUUAUACUGGUGCUAUGUAGCUAUUCUGGUUGAUCAUUAAAGUAUACAUGAUAAAACCUGUUUUUUUGGUCACUUUGUCCAUCAACCACAAAUUCAAUCUUAGUCCAAUGAAAAUGAAAGAAGGGACAAUUUCAAUUCCAUUUUAAUUUCAAAGUUGGGAUUCUGGUUGACAAUGGAUGAGGCAAUAACAUUGUUGAUCGAUGAGGAACCUGUUGGUCUCUAACUCUGGCUUUUAUGAGAUAAACCUUCAGUGGCCCGGCGCCAGACUGCUCUCUCUGGUGCGACAGUACAUGACCUCCAAGGCUUGGAGCUUGUUUCCGAUCCUAAGUUUCAACUCAUGGAAAUGUGAUGCAAUGUAAAAACCAAGACAAGGAUGGAUUCCCCUUCACUAUUGCCUGCCCCCCAUGCAAUACUCACAGACAGAUAUGCUUCCAUGUCAGGCACAGUUGUGAUUUGUCCAGAGACUCAGUUCACUCCUCCUCUGGAGCCCCAUGGAGCCAUGGACCAAGAGACUGAGUGAUGCGAUGCCUUGUUUAUAACCUCUGCCCACGUCACGAUCGCUCCAGGUUUUGUCUCACAUUUAACGCACAUAUUAACACAAAUUGUUGGACAUGUUGUCCUUAGCAGUGUUUUUUUCUUUUUGCCGGAUGUUUUGCUGUGCUUAUUUUGAUUUCCCAAGUUUCUUUUUGUCACACUGCCCAGUACAUGAAUAGAAUAGUCUUUAUUGUACCACGGGGUCCCACAGUAUUGAGGAUGCUCUCACAGAGCACAGAAAAGAUAAAGCCAACCACUGUAGCAGGGAGCCGCUGCGUCCGUGCACGCCUUGAUUCAGACCUGCUUCAUCAUUGUGUUUAUAAAUAAAGAACUUGUCACAAUGAUUAAUGCGAAUACAUCACCAUGAAUACUGAAAAGGGUGAAUGAUAAUGAUGAGCCCACCCUUCUUACCCUGCCGUUAUGACCACAGUGACAGUUGAAGACCAGAUUGUAGGGAAGCUGUGGUUUUUCUUGAGCACAGCGUCACUAUUACUGAAGAAAAUAACAAAGUUUUACUUCUUCUUUUAGGUGUCUGUGUCACUGUUAAAUCCGAAGAGUCCACUGGAAGGGACGCUGUGGCCUCUGACUGUAGCAUUUUACAUAGGUCAAGUUAUGUGACAUGGAAAUCCGGAUGUAUCUUUUAUGCAAUCAGUGUGGAUGUCAUGAACGAAUGAAUGAAUGAAUGAAGCAGAAGUCACUGAAAGGCAUCACACUUGUGCGUGGCACAGUUUCCGUGCCUUAUGCAGCAGGUCUCAGUUGCAAUCUUAGUGAUUGUUAAUCGCCUGUUUCCACGCUGGCUUUUCAGCUUGUGAAUGUUAUUUCUGACCCGUUGUGUUGAAUGAGUGUCUGCUGCUGUGUGGUUUACCUGUUGAGCGUCGAUUGUAUCCGUCACAGCGACUGGCUUGGAUGUGUGAAUUCAUAUUUGCACUCGAUAGCCGGCGUCAGGGACUCACUCUGUGUGGGCUACUCAGGGAUCAUUCUUCCUUUUAGAAGCACUUCUGGUCAGCUUGCCACCUACGAAUCCUGGACUAGAGAGCGUUGAGCCUGUUAGUGGUGCCAAACAUUGGUAACAAAGCUGCAUCGGUUGAGACUAAAUGGCAAACCUGAUUUCACCUGCAAAUGUAAUCGCAGUGUGUUUAGUGUAUCUCGCCGCUAGACCAGAGUUCGGUACCAUUUCUAUUCAACGCGAUUUAAGCCAAUUUAUUCCAAAUUUGAUCUUUCAAAUACGAUAAAUCUGCAUUCUAGGUUUAUUCAGGGCCAAAACUAAAUGCUUGAGUGUUUCCUAUAGUCAGAAGCAUUUAUCACAGACAUGUUUCUGCUUUGUGUUGAGAGAAAACAGAACGGUUGGAUGUUUGACCCGCCU